GGAACGCAUAACCGGGACGGUGCGACUCCCCGGGGCGACGUCCCGACCCUGCACAGGCGGGGAGACAACACAACACGGCCAGGUGGGGACAUUGCAAACAGGGGAGAGUGAGGGCGGCCAGCAGGUGCAAGUCGUUAUGCUGGGCCGGACGGGGACAGGAAACUGCUGGUACGCCCCGGUGACAUUUGGGGGGAUAUGCUGCUCCGCACUGGUUGACACGGGUUCAUCAGCCACCCUGGUGAGACCCGACGCGGUGGGGAGCGGGACCACAGUCUUACCCACCACGGUGAGAUUACAGACAGUCACUGGGGACCGGGCACCCAUGGUGGGGGAGGCAUUAGAGACUGUGGAGGUGGGGAGGGAGAGACUUCACUGCCCAAUAUGGGUAGCGGAACUAGAAGACUGCAUAUUGGGACUGGACGUGCUCGAAAAACUGGACUGCGUGAUUAGCACCAAGAGGGGGACACUCACAUUCCCAGACGGACACGUAGUGCAAAUGACUAGACAACCCACCCAGCCGAAACGUUCCCCGGCCCCCACCGUUGCAGUCCUGGCAACCGAGGCAGCGGCCAACACGACUUCCGUCUGCAUCCCGGAUAGACACCCAAUACUGCCCCAUACCCCGCCCACCACCGCUGCACCGACUGGUAGUGGGGGGGGAGAAGACGGAGAGAGGGUCUUGGUUGUGAGGGAGGUGUGGCAGGGGAACUGUGAUGGACUGUCUCACGUUGAACAGGGCCUGCUGUGGCAGCUGUUAUUAGAGUUUAAGGACAGUUUUUCCCUAUCAGAGGAUGACGUGGGCCAGACCCACCUAGCCCAACACAGCAUCGACACAAGGGAUGCCCCGCCCAUCAGGAUGAGACCCCGCCGUCUUCCGAUGGCUAGACAGGCAGCGGCGGAGAAGGCGUUACGGAACAUGCAGCGUGCUGGACUCAUUGAACCCUCCACCAGCCCCUGGGCCGCUCCAAUCGUCAUGGUCCCCAAGAAGACAAAGGACGACUGGCGCUUCUGCGUGGACUUCAGACGCCUCAAUGGCGUGACCAAAAGGGACGCCUACCCCUUUCCACGAGUCGACGAGUCCCUCGAUGCAGUGGCAGGGUCCUCCUGGUUCACGUCGUUGGAUCUACGCAGCGGAUACUGGCAGGUCCCCCUCACCCCCGAUGCCAGACCCAAAACCGCCUUCGUCACACACGGGGGCCUGUGGCAGUUCAAAGUUCUUCCCUUCGGCCUCUGCAAUGCACCCGCCACGUUCGAGAGGCUGAUGGACAACGUGCUCGCGGGGAUCCCCCGUCAGGAGUGUGUCGUAUAUCUAGAUGACAUCCUGGCCCAUGGAGACUCAUUUGAGACGGCCCUCGGGGCGCUCAGACGCGUACUGGAGAGGGUGACUGCAGCGGGUCUGAAGUUAAACCCCCAGAAAUGCCGCUUCAUGAGACGGGAGGUCAGAUUUCUGGGGCACAAGCUGGGUUCUGGUGGCAUCGGCACCGCGCAUGAAAAGGUGCAGGCGGUGGAAGACUGGCCCACCCCCAGCUCCGGUUCCGAAGUGAAAAGUUUCACAGGACUAGCCUCCUACUACAGGAGAUUUGUGAGGGACUUCUCCACAAUAGCCGCACCCCUGUUCCGGCUGCAACGGCCCAGGGAGAAGUUCAUCUGGACAGACGAGUGCCAGAGAGCAUUCACCUCGCUGAAGAAGGCCCUCUUGGAGGCCCCCGUCCUCACCCCCCCCGACCCCACCCUGCCCUUCAUACUCGACACGGACGCCAGCAAUGUCGGCGUGGGGGCGGUGCUGUCGCAGGUGACCUCGGAGGGGGAGAAGGUAGUGGCGUACUACAGCGGAUCACUCAAUAAGCACGAACGCCGCUACUGCGUCACCAGGCGGGAACUGCUCGCCGUGGUCAUGGCUGUCGAACACUUCAAGUAUUACCUCGGGGGCCUGCACUUCACAGUCAGGAGUGACCACUCCGCCUUGCAGUGGCUCAUGACCUUCAGAGAGCCAGAGGGUCAGUUGGCACGCUGGAUCGAGGAACUACAGGCGUACGACUUCAACGUGAUCCACCGUGCGGGUAGACAGCAUGGGAACGCGGACGCGCUUUCCCGCCGGCCCUGCGCCGCUGACGGCUGUCGCUACUGUGAAAGAAGAGAGGUGCGGGAGGAGGAGCAGCUGCGACAAGGAGUGAGAUGCGCAACAGCGGCCCUAACAGCUAUCGACACUGGAGAGUGGAGACGCAAACAGGAAGAGGACGCUGACAUCAGACCCGUGCUCACGUGGGUAGCGGCACAACACCAACCCCGGUUGGAAGAAAUCGGCCUGUGUUCAAGGGCUACAAAGGGACUGUGGAGUAUGUUUCCUAACCUGCGUCUGUGUGACGGGGUACUGCAGAGGGGGUGGAAAGACGCGGCCACAGGGGAGACGCUGUGGCAGGUGGUCGUGCCCAGGGCCCUGCGGGAAACGGUGCUACAAUCAGUCCACGGAGCCCCUGGAUCUGGUCAUUUCGGGGUCAGCAAAACGCUCCGCCGCCUUCGUCAGGGGUUCUACUGGGGCCAACAUGGGCGGGACGUGGGGGACUACUGCCGCCGCUGUGACAGCUGCACAGCACGUAAAGGCCCCACGGGCACAUCUCACUGCCAACUCCAGCAGUUUCCGACAGGCUGUCCCAUGGAGAGAGUGGGGAUUGACGUGCUCGGGCCGUUUCCUCGCUCGGAGAAAGGUAACCGCUACAUCCUCACUGCCAUGGAUUACUUCACUAAGUGGCCGGAGGCAUACUGCCUGCCGGACCAAGAAGCAGAGACGAUAGUAGAUGCGCUGGUGGAGGGGAUGUUCAGCAGACUGGGGGUCCCGGAGGUCAUUCACACUGACCAAGGCAGAAACUUUGAAUCCCGCGUGUUUGCGGCCAUGUGCGAAAAGCUUGGCUCCCACAAGACUCGCACCACACCCCUCCACCCGCAAAGCGACGGACUAGUCGAAAGAUUUAACCGCACGCUGGGACAGCAACUGGCCAUAGUGACGGCUAAACACCAGCGAGACUGGGACGCGCAUGUCCCCCUGGUGUUGAUGGCGUACCGGUCUGCGACGCAAGACUCCACCUCCUGCUCCCCCGCCCUUCUCAUGCUUGGCAGGGAGAUUAGGACCCCGGCUGAGAUGAUGUUGGGCAGGCCGCCCGACCUCCCGGCGGACCCCCCGGGGCUUGAAUAUGCCCGGAAGCUGCAGGAUCGAUUGGAGUGUGCCCACGAGUUCGCCAGGAAUCAGCUACGGAGCGCAGGGGCGAGACAGAAGAGAAAUUACGACGUGCACACCAAGGGGCAGCAUUUCACGGCCGGGGAGCUGGUCUGGGUUUACAACCCCCAGAGAAAGAAAGGCAGGUGCCCCAAACUGGACAGCAAGUGGAUGGGGCCCUGCAGGGUCCUCGAGAGACUGGGCGAAGUCGUGUACAGGGUCCAGCUGCCGGCAAGAGGUAGGAGAGUCGCCCUGCAUCGAGAUAGACUGGCCCCCUACCGGGGCACGGGCACCCCCCCAGGAGAAGGGGGUGAACGGCGCGAUGUGGCCUUGGACCAGAGCUUGCAGCUCAUCAACUGUGAAAACUGGGAGAAGAAGAUCGAAGGGCUGACCUCCAUCCGCCGGCUGGCUCACUGUCACCCUGAGCUACUGACCGCCAACCUCCAUAGGGUCUGCUUGGCGGUCGCGCAAGAGAGAGGGGAACAGGCAAUGAAGGACUCUCUGGCCCAGCUGGAGAAGGCCCUCAAGGAGGUGAUGGAGAGGGAGGUGGCGAGGGAGGUGGCCCGGAGACUGGCUCCAUUUGAGGAGCGACUCCAGAAGAUGGAAGCGUUCAUCCGCAUUCAGGCUGAUGGCUCACCUGGCCCCGCCCGGCUGCAGAACCUGCUCCACCCGCCCAUCGCCUCACGCUGUUCGCCCCAGACCACAGUGAGGACUGCGUUCCCCUCCCUCUCCACGCUGAACCCCCCUCAGCCCUGGCUGCGUCUGCCUGGGUUCUCCUUCACCCUGGGGAGCUCCGGGGAGAGGCCUGACCUGUCCCUGGAAGACCUGCAGGGAGAGGAAGCCAGCCCCAACACCCCCACCAGACCCACCAGACCCAACACCCCCGGCCCCAACACCCCCACCGGCACCAACGCCUCACGGAGCUCCACCCCGCCUGAGACCCCACCCAUGAGAGUCCCCAAGCCUCCCAGCUCGACUCCCAGCAGAGUCAUUCCGGCCCGGGCCAGGGCCCUCCUGCAGCGCCUAUCCAGGUCUGCAGCCACCCCCCCUCCUCCCCAAAGCGCCCCAUCAGUCAUCGCAGAGAGCCAGGGGCCCCUGCUGAUCCCCGCACCUCCCACCGAGCCAAAGAAGAAGAAAUCCCGCUUUUCUCUCUUCUCGGCCAAAGCGGCUCCCACUCCCUGCUCCACCAACUCCAAUGUGGCCUUGGACCAGAGCUUGCAGCUCAUCAAGGGUGAAAACUGGGAGAAGAAGAUCGAAGGGCUGACCUCCAUCCGCCGGCUGGCUCACUGUCACCCUGAGCUACUGACCGCCAACCUCCAUAGGGUCUGCUUGGCAGUCACGCAAGAGGUGCAGAAUCUGCGCUCCAUGAUAUCGCGUGCUGCCAUGACAACGCUGGGGGACAUGUACCUCUGCCUGCAGAGAGCCAUGGACCCCGAGCUGGACUGGACCGCCAGGGUGCUGCUCCAGAAGGCUGGAGAGACCAGCCAAUUUAUCCAGCAGGAUGUGCAUGUGGCCUUGGGUCACAUGGUGCACAACUGCAGCCCCAAACGCUGCAUCAAAGUCCUGCUGAACGGGGGCCUGAGUGACCGGAACGCAGGGAUCAGGGCCUGCAACGCCCGUCUGCUGGAGGCCCUGGUGGAGGUCAUGGGGGCGACUCGCCUGCUUGGGCUGAAGAGAGAAAUGCUGGACAGCUUCCUGUCCGCUGCCAGCCGCCUGCCCCACGACGCCUCACCGGAAGUCAGGAGCUCCGGAAGGAAAAUCAUUGGAGUGGUGUCAGCCGACAAAAGGCUGAACAGGAAGCUGAUCAAGCUCCUGGAGAAGAAGAUCGAAGGGCUGACCUCCAUCCGCCGGCUGGCUCACUGUCACCCUGAGCUACUGACCGCCAACCUCCAUAGGGUCUGCUUGGCAGUCACGCAAGAGGUGCAGAAUCUGCGCUCCAUGGUAUCGCGUGCUGCCAUGACAACGCUGGGGGACAUGUACCUCUGCCUGCAGAGAGCCAUGAACCCCGAGCUGGACUGGACCGCCAGGGUGCUGCUCCAGAAGGCUGGAGAGACCAGCCAAUUCAUCCAGCAGGAUGUGCAUGUGGCCUUGGGUCACAGGGUGCACAACUGCAGCCCCAAACGCUGCAUCAAAGUCCUGCUGAACGGGGGCCUGAGUGACCGGAACGCAGGGAUCAGGGCCUGCAACGCCCGUCUGCUGGAGGCCCUGGUGGAGGUCAUGGGGGCGACACGCCUGCUUGGGCUGAAGAAAGAAAUGCUGGACAGCUUCCUGUCCGCUGCCAGCCGCCUGCCCCACGACGCCUCACCGGAAGUCAGGAGCUCCGGAAGGAAGAUCAUUGGAGUGGUGUCAGCCGACAAAAGGCUGAACAGGAAGCUGAUCAAGCUCCUGGAGAAGAAGAUCGAAGGGCUGACCUCCAUCCGCCAGCUGGCUCACUGUCACCCUGAGCUACUGACCGCCAACCUCCAUAGGGUCUGCUUGGCGGUCACACAAGAGGUGCAGAAUCUGCGCUCCAUGGUAUCGCGUGCUGCCAUGACAACGCUGGGGGACAUGUACCUCUGCCUGCAGAGAGCCAUGGACCCCGAGCUGGACUGGACCGCCAGGGUGCUGCUCCAGAAGGCUGGAGAGACCAGCCACUUCAUCCAGCAGGAUGUGCAUGUGGCCUUGGGUCACAUGGUGCACAACUGCAGCCCCAACCGCUGCAUCAAAGUCCUGCUGAACGGGGGCCUGAGACAGAAUUUGAGUCGUGGGUGA